AUGGAGAGCAAAUCGAGCUAUGUGGAGUCAGUAGUAAAGCCUGACAGUGAGGUGGCAGCCCUGCGAGGCAUAGGCACAGGCACACACCUACACAUCUACACGGACCUUUGCGAUUUGAGCCGAGGCCCGUGCGUGAGGCGAGAGAGUAAGUUGUGGUUGCACGGGAAUAGCAACAAAGAACCAGGCGAAAACGCAUUCAUGGGACGCGACUUUGACAGCUCCUCGCUUCUCUUGGCCUAA